CAUCAUUCUCGCCGAUCUUAUCCUCUCCACUCUUUCAGCUCACCUCGUUCUUCAGUUCUUUUCCGAUCAUGGACGUCAUUUCCCGACAGCAGCCGCAUCAGUCGAGCCUGAACCCGAACGCUCCGAUGUUCGUUCCGUCGGCUUAUCGGUCGGUCGAGGACUUCUCCACCGAAUGGUGGGCCCUCGUUCAUUCCUCCCCUUGGUUCCGCGACUACUGGCUCCAGGAGAAUUUCCAUGAUCCCCAAAAUGACCCCUUCUAUUCCGAUAUUCCCGACGACUCCGACUUCAUCGACGACCUCUUCGACGAGCAGCACUACCCCAACACCACCGCCGACCACAACACCAACACCAACACACAGGCGGAGGAAGAGGGGGAGAAAGACUAUCACAGGGAGCUGGUUUCGUUGGGACUGUUGAAGUGGCCGAAGGGCCGAGCUGUGGCGAAGGCGCCGAGGUUUAUUGAGAAAGCUCCGAAGAUUGUUAAUGUCAAAGUGAGUCCUAGGCCGAUUCAGCAGCCUAGGUAGAUUGAGUUUCAGUGACCAUCUCACUCGACUCGAACCCGAUUUUUGUAAAUACAAGUAAUUUGGAGUCUUUGUAGUUCUUGUAAUUUGCAGCUUUGUAAUUUUCUGUUUGAGCAAUAAAGAUGUCUAAUUUUCGACGA